ACACGAGGGGGACGCCGACUGUACUUAGGUGAAUAUUGGACCGCUAGUGGACUGGACUUAGUGACGCUGUCUAUGGUUAGGACCUGAAAAAAAGAAUGGGUCCGAGAGGUUCACACAAACAAAUUAUCAUGUGUGCCGAUCCUGGUGAUGGUGUAGAAAGGGUACAAGCUCAAUGGCACAUACUCCUGUAGACUUCGGCACCUGUAACGCGCCCUUGAACUACCCUUAUCAUACGUGAGACCCGAAGAGGUCUCAGGCACAAGGCUGACCUGUCAAACACGUCUCGCUGACGGCACACGCACGGCGUCGGCUGAAUGCGCGCCGCGCGAGGGCGUCCAACUGUGAGCUCGACGGGCGUAACACGCCGCGUUCUGCUGCGCCGUUCGCCGAGGCGAUUCGCAUGGGAAAGAAUCAAGAAGCCUUCUGCCAGGAGUACCUAUGCACUCGCCUUUCUGUAACCAUGAAGAGAUGCCUUCGAAUGCAGCACAAGCCAGGAUUGUGGUGUUGUUAAUAUGUCUUGUGAUAGGGGCCAUCCUUCUGUACAAGCGCCAACAACGGCAGGAACCAUCAGCUAAAACUCCCGUACGCCGAGUUCCGGUGACGAAGACCCUGCCGCGUCUCUACCAUCGGCCUAAGGAUUACAUCAUACUCCCUCCAGCCAUUUGUGGCAAGCGUUCGCUGAGGGACAGCGUGAAUUUCUUUGUCGUGGUCGUCUCGGCGGUCGGCCAGAUCGAGCAGCGUCAGGCGAUACGGAAGACCUGGGGGCGUGACCUGAAAUUCCGAAGGAACAACAGCUUGGUGUUCCUCCUGGGAAAGGCAGGUGACCCCGAGCAGCAGCGACGGGUUUUUGAGGAGUCGGGCGAGCAUUUCGACAUCGUCCAAGGUGACAUGUGGGAAGGAUACAGAAACCUCACGGACAAGUCCGUGCAGGCGCUGCAUCUGGCUACCACCCACUGCCCCGAGGCGUCAUUCCUGCUUAAGACCGACGACGACACGUACGUCAACGUUCCUAAGUUGCUAAAGCAAGUAGGUAAAUUGCCCAAGGACGCCAUCUAUGGCUCCAUACACGCCAACAAUUCGCCCAUUCGUGACCCGUCGAUGAAGUGGUUCGUGACCUACGAGGAGUACAAGCCUCAGUCCUAUCCAGAUUUUGUCAGCGGGUCGGCGUACGUCGUGGGCGGAGAGGUCAUUGCCCGGCUGUAUGCCCAGACAGGGCGCGUGCGACCGCUCUCGUUAGAAGACGUGUAUGUCACUGGCUUGUGCGCUGAAGCAGCCGGGAUACCUCGCAUCGACUUACCUACCUUCAACUCGGUAGAUGUGUCUUCGGUGUGUGACAUGCGGAAUAUGGUGACUUCGCAUUACAUGACGCCAGAGAAAAUGCUACAGUUCUGGCACGAACUACGAACCGCUGACCUCAAAUGCAAUUAACGAGUGUAAGCACGUGAGUCAGCAGCUACUGUAUGGCGCACUUACAGGGUACAAAUAAGUGAACUUAGAACAAAGAAAACAAGAUUUCUUCUCGGUAUCUGAAGUACAUAAUGCUGCGGCAGCAUUUGGUUGCUUGUCUUUUUUUAUUAACUCAUGACCUUGCAAUCAUUUUGUCCCGCUACGUUCGUGCCUACGCAAUCAAAGCAAGAAAGUCUAAAUACCAGAACGAUAAUUUUGCAGCAAUCGUAAGCUUUAAAACCACUUGAUAAUUUGGAAAUAUUUUUUUUUUAAUUUGUGCAAUUUUAUUGCGGCAUUUUCAACGCACGAUCUAUCUUAAAUUUGCUUUAUCGAAGAUUGAGGUUAGGGUUAAGAAAGAUGUGUCGUUUUUAUGAAUAUUAAUAGUAUUUCAACUUGUUUCUUUUACAAAAGAAACUCGUUGUAUUUUUUAAGUAUAUCAUGGUAGCAAAUUUUAUUUAUGGUUUGACACUGUCGAUUAUCUCGGAACAAUGAUGCGAGCACGGGUGCAACCAACUAUUCGACGUUCUUUUUGUUUGUUUGUUAACUUGGCACAAGUGAAUAGGGAAUUUGUCGAGUCUCAAAUGUUUAAGGCUGUUUUUCACAGCACGGGCACCUGCAGAAAGAACUGAUAAAAAAAGAAACGGGACCCUGAGUUAGAAUGUGCACGAUGGCCCUGUGCGCAUGAGGCGACUGCAACAAAACAAGAAAAUGCGGGCGUCUGGUGAAAUCUGCACAUUUGCCACUCAUUUGUCGUGUUCCACUUCUAAGAGCCGCAUUGUGGCCAUGACAGACCCCGUAGUAAGGGUGUACAGUGUUAUCGCAGUACGCAACUUCCUCAGCAGAAAAUUGGACGCGGAUCCAAAACAAGAAUGUCAACCCACUGAGCCACUAUGGCGAGUAGCGUUGUCAAACAAAAUGAUUACAAGCAACACUUAUUACGCUGUAGCGUACCCUAUUUCCUUCCGUGGACAUUCGUUUUCACUGCGCGCGGUUAGUUAUUGAAGAUUUACCGACUCUAGAUUAGAAACCUGGUUAUUUACAUGCGCUGUCCGUCAGGCUGAGCAAUUUAAUUGAGUGAAUGUUGAAUCUGUUGGCAUACCUGUAAGUACAAGAUGCAUUUAGCCUUAGUCCUAUCGGUCAUAUCAUAUUAAACAUGCCGGUUCACGUGACGUUGCCAAAGAGCAAGCAGCCUUGUACUGGGCCAAUGCUUGGCGAUGAGGCCAAUAACGAUCCCCGAGUUCUGGCGGUUUCUGUUCUGCUGCAGAAAAGCUCACGUGUAACAUGGUUAUCAGUCUAUGUUGCAAAUUAAUCAUUUCUUUAUAUAAAUAAGCUUCUUCCCCUUGAACCCAAAACAGUGGUUUUCCCAGUGUUGUAGAAUUGUACUCGUCUUUAAUACAUAUUUGCAAGCCAAGAUACUUCAAUAUACCUGAGUUACCUUCUGCUGACUUAAAGAAAAUGCAAAGUAGUUGCUUAGAUAGGCUUUUAAUCAGGUUUUUAGAAUUCACAUGCGCAGCAACUCUAGUGUCCAAACAGACAUCUUACAGGUAUAAAGAGGUUUAGUAAAUCAGAUGCGUUGCUUUUGAAGUAUCAAGCACGAUAGGAUGAUUAUUUUGCAAUUAACCAAGACGAGAUGUGUAAUAUACGCGUUAGAGUUAUGAAGUGAGUAUUCCGGAUGAUUGCUUCUUAUGUCAUCGGCACCAGUAUACAAAAAUUGUUGGGGGAUUCCCCACCGAAAUUACUUUCUUCUCAGACGCUAAGAAUUGUGACGGCAUUGCUUGCCUCGGUGUUUUUCUAUACUGGUGUCGCUUUUUCGGCUGUGGACUGCACUAGUCAAUGCACUGUGCGCCAUUUGGAGACGGCAAUCGUUUUUUUUUCUUCUUCUUUGCUCACGUUAUUGUUUUUUUUUUACAACUUAUCUAUGGGUUUUUGGUGCUAAUGAAAAUCAGUGGUUUUUGUUUUGUUAUGUCAUUUGCAGUUCUUAUUUGUGUGCAUGUAGUGUACUGCAUAUUCUAGGUGAGCCCUUUAUUCCACAAUCUAGAUCUCAUAUUUCUAGAAACAUGACUUUUAUGCUAGAGUAUACAACUUAUAGUGUUUUUACUUCGUGUAUGUUCUGGCGUAUAACUAAAAACAAUCUUCAAUCUGUG